GCCGCUGGGCUGCGGCGGCGGCGGCAGACGCGAUGGCGGGCGGCGAGCGGCCGUGGGACGUGUGGCAGCGGCUGGUGCCCGCGCUGCUCUUCUCGCACGCGGCCGCCGUGCUGGCGGCCUCGCUUCUCGGCCUGCUGGGGCUGGCGCACGUCUCCACCGCCGCGCUCUUCUUCUGGUUCGCCGCCGCCGCCGUCGGCUCCACUCUCGCCUAUCACAACCUCAAGGUUUCAGCAGCGGGCAAGGUUGUAGUCAUCACAGGUUGUGAAUCGAGAAUUGGAUACGCCCUUGCUAAACGCCUCGACGAGCUGGGAUUCACGGUCUUUGCCGGCUUCACGAACGCGAACGACUCCGUGGGGCAGAAGCUGCGCGAGGAGGCGUCCGGGCGGCUGCACGUGCUGCAGCUGGACGUCACGUCGGAGGCGGACAUCCGCGCCGCCGUCGCCCUCGUCCGCCAGAAGCUGCCCAGCCCCAGCGCCGGUGUCUGGGCUGUCAUCAACAAUGCGUCGAUUGCGACCUUCGGCGAGGUGGAGUGGGUGCCGUUCCCAGUGUUCCAGCAUGCCACCGAAGUGAACCUCUUUAGUGUCGUGCGCAUCACUCAGGCCUUCCUCCCACUCAUCCGUAAGACCAAAGGUCGUGUCAUAAAUGUAGUGAGCAUCUUGGGUCGUGUUGUUUCCCCACUUCGAUCAUCGUACUGUGCCGCAAAAUUUGGAGUGGAAGCCUUCAGCGAUUGCCUUCGCCUUGAGAUGCGUCGCUGGGGUGUCGAUGUUGUUGUUGUCGAACCUGGUGAUUAUACUACAGGGAAAGUGUGGAUUAACGAUGAGAAGCUUUUGGAGCAAGCAAAGCAGAUGUGGAAAAGUAUGACAGAGGAAGCUAAAGCUGAUUAUGGAGAAGACUACUUUGAACGUAAAAUUCGAUCUCUAGAAUACUACACAAAAGGACCAGAAACUGACCUAGAGCCAGUGCUUAAAUCCUUGACUGAUGCAGUUCAGCGCACAUUCCCACUGCCACGAUACACACCAGUCUCUAGGGCUGAGAGAGUACAGGCUUUUGUUGCAGAACAUCUGCCAAGGUCUGUUUAUGACCUCAUUUAUAAUUAACUGUUGUUCACAAUUAUGUGUAUAUGUUUUACACUGUCUCUCAGCACCAAAAAUGAUCAUGUUGUUGCUGAGAUGUUGUGAAAAUGCUGUAAACAACUGAAGUUAAAAUGACAACCAGUGUCUGAUAUAUGCUGCAAUGAACAUUUCAAGAAUUGUGAGGUUUAUUUUCCAACAAAGUGUAUACCAUGAUGUUCAUUAAGCAUUUAAAUAAGUUAUUUACUCUUCAUUCAUAUUUAUCAAGCAUUUCAAGUUUUAUAUGUAAGAUUCCAGAAUAUUAUAGCACUGGAACAAAAUAAUUUUUAUUGUUCAUAGUGUCAGUGCUAUUUUGAAUUGAUUUGUCAGUGCUAUUUUGAAUUAAUUUGUCAGUGCUAUUUUGAAUUAAUUUGUCAGUUGUAACCAAGGUAUGCACGGAGACCUGCCACUAAUGUAAACUGACAAUGGUGUAUACACAUUUCCACCACAAAAUCGAACUGGAAUUUUGCAAUGAAGUCGCCUCAUUUUUGUAUGUGCUACAGCAAGAAACAAAGCUAGGCCACAAGACUGCCAAUAUUAACACACUUUCUUUCCAGUAUUAGUGUAAUUUGAUGUUAGUUUUCACAUAUCUAUUCACUUCAUAUGACAUAAAUUGGCUAACUAUUUCCUUUUCAUGCUUUUUACCUCAAAAAUGAUGUAUAUUACUGGAAUAAAUUACAACUGCCAUUUUCA